CUUGGUGGUCGCGUGAUGCACGUUGGCGGAAAAAUUUCGAUCGUGAACGAGGAGGAUCCGGCGGUUCCAGCGGCGCGCAGCCGGUGUCAGCGCGUACGCGCCGUUCUCCUCGGUAGUACGCGUCGCCGCGCGCGUAGUACGGUCCGGAGCGGAGAGCAGCAGCGUGUGCUGGCGGUUGAAUAUAGCGUCGUGGAUGGGUCGAUAACGCGCAACUCUCUCGCUCAUCGCGGAGUCGCCGAUGCCACGCUGUAGCGCUCCUAAGCCGAGCUUUCCUCUCAUUCCGUCGUAAGCCCGCACUCUGGCACAUCCAUCCACCGCCGCCACCUGCACCAACCAGACCGACCGACCGACCGGCCGACCUCCGGCUACCAUAUCGCACCGCCGAACCGCCACCAUUACCCCCGCUAUUAUCGCUACCACCGGCGCGUGAUAUUCGGCCUGCCAGCGGCACCAUCAGCAACACGGCCACCAGCAACCCGCCGGCUGUCAUCUCUCGCGACCCGCGUCACUCGCGGCCCGAAACGUCGUCAGCUAGUGGUGCGAAAAGUAGCCGGCGAGGACAUCGGUGUUCGUUUUAGUGAUCUCGUCAAAAGUGAUCUCGUUGAUGUGAACAUCGGGAUAAGAUCGAUGAUUCGUUCGAUUAAAGUGUGACUGCGUGUGACGUUACUCUAUCUGUUCGAGUUACCGAUGAAAGAAAGCUAAUGCGUUAGUUUAGGUGUUGGUGAAAGGAGUUUGACGAGGUUUCUGGUAGUCAAGGUCAGUCUGGCGUGGAUCAUCGCGCUUUUCUUACAGUCGAUGCGUGCCUCGUGCACGCGAGACGCCGCCAGGUGAUUAACAGGUUGUUGUCGCAGAGCCCCUUUGUUGUCGCGCGUCACAGGCCAAGCAUACUUUCGUCUCGUGUCUCCGCGAUCGUCCUUCGAAUUCCGCGAGCUUCACGAAUUUCAGUGUGCACGUGAAUAGAGAUCCUAUUUGUACGUGGUGUUAGUCGGUCAACCGAGGGUAGACAUAGAGAGAACGGAUCGAUGCAAGGUGACGAGUGAUCGAUCGGUGAUGCGUGAAUCGAGCAGUGAUCUCGUGGGUGUCGACGAAUGAAUCGGGCAGCCGUGUUCGCGUAUAUCGAGGCAUUACGAGGCGUCGUUGCUGACAGAUUGAUCGGAGAAGAUGAGGAGUCUGCGAGAGCAACGGUGUGCUCGCGGACGAGCGGAACAGCGCACAGUGAAAGUGAUUGCUAGUCGAUCGACGCGAUGUCAGUGAUUCCGCGAUCGAUCCCCAAGCCGAUCGAUCCCUCUCUGAUCCGUCACGUGCGAUUCAUUCGAGCGAGAUAGAGAUUCGAGGGUUCGAGACUGAAGCUGGAUAGAUCGAGUGCUCGCGAGUGCUAGUCCACAGUGCCGUGAUGUAUCAGUGGUGACCAAUCGCAGCAUUCACUGUUGUGUCUUUUUACCAUGCUAUGGUGUUCGAUUCGAAGCGAAACGACGGCUGCCGGUCCAAGCGACUGGCUUCGGACAUCCGCUCGAAACUGAUCUUAACCAAAUCUUCGAGUGUUAAGUAUGGCACAGGGUGUAAUCUGCGAUUCGACGCGAGGCUAGACUCCAGAAGAAGAGGUUCGAUCGUGUACAGAGUGUGAGAGGGUUCUAAACGUCCAUCGUUCAUCGUCGUCGAACAGCUUCCGAGUAUUACGAAGUGGCAUUUUUACGCCACCGAUAAAAUUCAAAGUCCUAAGUUGGAAAUCGAAUCUCGAUUCCUUCGACCUCGCAAAGAUCUCCGCUAUAACCGUGUCCCAUCGAAUGUCUCAGCCAGUGUGCGCGUACGGUCGAUGGUCGAGCGUUGGUUUUACGAGUGCUCGGGAACGUUAAUGUCCGUGGUCGGACGGCAAUUAAAGACGCCGUUGCGUCCGUCAGCUGCGUGUGCCGUUGCUGGUCCAACAGAUGUUCCCCCGCCUGGAAGAUUUCGGUGCCACGAGCGUGUUGUUACAACGAGCAGAUCGUGCGAGCGCCGUGAGCGCACCGCUCAUCCGAUAAAGAUAACGAGUGUCAUUUGCAAGCCGGAUGAUCGUGCGAUCAUUGUCGUGCCGUAGUUUGUGGCGCAGUUAAAUCACCAAGCCGCGAAACAUUAGUGGCCCACGAGAAAAUGACGAGAUCCUGUUCAUUCUUCAUCUCAAGAGUGACAGCGGGCUAGUGGACACAGAUCCAGGUCGAGUUAGCAGCAUGACAGCCAUCAACUCGGGUCCGGUCGGGGAAGUGGGCGGCGUCAGGCUGCCGUUGCAGUCAUUACAUGGGUACGGAUCUGUGUUCAUGUACUCGGCGUCGACGAGUCCCGGGGGUGGAAAUGGUCAGGGUGGCGGAGGCGGAGGCGAAGUAACCCUCCGCCUCCGCGAACCCGAGGACAUUCCCGAAGAAGUUCUUGCACGCCUUGAAGACACAGCCACCCUCUCCAUCUCCCUUCAAGGCGACGCAGUGCUAAGGCUGGGGGCGGCUGGUUCGAGCAACGGGAAUUUAGAAUUGUUCGAUAGUGAGAGCGGGCCGGACCUCACACUAUCACCUCAGACCUUCACGUCGUCGGCGGAGGCCUUCAUCAAUGACAAUAGUGAUAGUCUUGGUGUUCCAGGAGACAACGAUACGGGGAGCAGCGAGGAAUCGAGACUUGGAGCUGGUGAACCUGGAAAGUUGGGAGUGAAGAAAGCAAGACCGAAGGCUUCGUCGCCCAACCGACAGGGACCACAGCAAUGCCAGGUCUGCGGGAAGGUGUUCAACAACGCAUCGGCGCUCACGAAGCACAAGCUGACGCACAGCGAUGAGAGGAAAUACGUGUGCACGAUGUGCGGCAAGGCGUUCAAGCGGCAGGACCACUUGAACGGGCAUAUGCUAACACAUCGAAACAAGAAGCCAUACGAAUGCAAGGCGGAAGGAUGUGGCAAAUCGUAUUGCGACGCGAGGAGUCUGAGGAGGCAUACGGAGAAUCAUCAUGCCGGUAGCAAGGUGAAUGAAAGCGUGAGUCCUAGCAGUCCAACUACGAGCCCGCAUACACCAAACACUCCAGGGAGCAAUCCCAGUACGCCCAGCACACCAGGUGCAACGUCGACACCGAGUGGACACGGACAUCCGGCCUUGAAGCAACUGCUCGCCACAGAACCUACACAGGCGCAACAGCAAAAGAGUGCCACGUCUCCUGGUGCCAGUAACGACGGCCUCACAAAGCAACAAUUGGAGCUUAUUCAACAGAUUAUGCAUCAAACGCAACAGCAACAACAGCAACAAACAUCCGCGCAACAGCCUCAGCAACAACGUAAUAAUUCGUCAACCACAGUCAUAACACAUAUUUCAAAAACGCAAAAGCCGUCCGUCAAGUCCACGACUUCAUCUGGAAACGUUUCGAAUAACAGUGGAAGUUCCAAUGCAACGAACAACGCGAGAUCCAGCCCGAAACCCAAAGUCUGGAGUCACGUACAGCAACAACAGCAGCAAGCGCAACAGCAAGCCCAGCAACAGCAGCAGCAGCAGCAGCAGCAACAGCACCAGCAGCAACAGCAUCAGCAGCAACAGCAUCAGCAGCAACAGACACAAGUUAAUUCGCCAGGAGGCGGAAAUGUGGGGAAAGGCAGCCCGUCGUCGGGAAAUUCGGCGUCCCCUGGCACUGUGACGAUGUCCAACAAGACGCAAACCGAGUCAAAACCGGUCGAAUGCAAUUUGUGCCAUCGGAAAUUCAAAAAUAUACCGGCACUCAAUGGUCAUAUGAGACUCCAUGGUGGUUAUUUCAAGAAGGAUGCUGAGAAUAAGAAAAGUGAGAAGAAAGAGGUCGUCGGUCCGCCUUUACAAACCGCGUCUGUCAGUGUGAGAGCGCUGAUCGAGGAAAAAAUCAUACAGAAAAGAACGACUGCAGCAGAUACGAGCACAAAUCAACAGCCUCGUACGAAUACAACGGUUUUUACCACGCAAACCGACAGUGCGUCGCAGAUUUCCGGUAAAACGAGCUUCGCGGUACCAGCACCGCCUCCUUUGGCCUCUGCGGAAAAGGUCCGCAGACUUUCGGAUGGCGAGCAUUUCCGGCAGCCCAAUGUCACGGUUUCCGGACACGUCACCGUACAGAAGCAACUGCAGGAAGCACAAACACAGGCUCAGGCGCAGGCGCUGGCCGACAUGAUCUUGAAGGGCACUACCAAAAUGGCUGUGAAGAGGACGACUUCCGAUCCCGGGCAAAGAUUGCACCUGACGUAUCAGGCAACGAUUCAAUCGACCACCAAUCUGCAGCAGCAGCAACAGCAACAGCAGCAACAACAACAACAGCAGAAGCAACAGCAGCAGGCACAGCAGCAGGCACAGCAGCAACAACAACAACAGCAGCAAAAUAAUCAACCUCAAGCUCAGCCUACAGUUACAGACAGUUUCUCAAUGACAGGCUAUUCCGAAGACGGUGGUUAUUUUAGCCCAAAUCUUCAGGAUGAGGUGUUCCAGCAAGUCACCGCAGUUCCUGACAGCGUCCUGCUUCAUGCAACACAAUUGGAUUCUCUUCAGUUUCAGACAACGAGCCUGUUGCAAGAACAACCUGCCGAGCAGUUACAAGAUAUCACCAUGGAGGACCGAUACCCAUCUCAGCACACGGUGAAUCCCGACUUACAAGCACUGGUCAACUCGCCGUUACCAGACUCGCUAGCCGAAUUCAGUACUUACGGUGCCCAAUAUACAGAAAGCCCGCACACGUUACCAACCCAGUCUCCUCUGCCAUCGCCUUUAACGAGACACGACAGUCCAAGUUUCACAUAUCCAACGCCACCAGCGAGCCAAGAAGGCCUUUUAACCGGAAGCUUCCCUCUAUUGAGUCCUCAAGCGGACCCGGAGAGCGUGAGACAAGUAUCGUCACCUUUAUCAGCGGCUUUUUACGCGACCACGAUGUCCUCUGCGGCGGCGGUGGAGGAAGCUCUGAGCGAAGUAUUGCCAACUGAAUCCGAAGCAGACGCUGAUCUAUACGGAUCCGGUUCACCGAAUCCGCAUUCUCCACUGCCAAGCCCUUUGUCGGCGACCCCAGCACCGUCGCCACUGUCCUCGUUACCACCGUCUUCGGUCUCGUCACCAGGACCAGUGUCGUUCACGGGCACCAGCUUCCCUGUGUCGCCACAUCACGCUCUCCAGAAUCAGAUGAUGCCCAACUCGGAGGACCCACUACUGUCGUCCACUCCGAAGGAUUUCACGACAGCCAGCCGUAGGCGAUUCGAGUUUCAAUCGUACAAGUUCAUCACCAGCCAAAACUUGGUCGACAUCGGGAUGGGUAAUGGUAGCCUAACUGGUAUCGUGGUAGAUAACAACGGGGAGUUCAAGCUGAUUCAGACGGCUGGGCUGCAAAAGACGAACGUGCUGGUGCACACGAGCUCUCUGAGCCCGGCGUUGACUUUCAAGAAAGAGAUGCGGCUGACGACUCCGAAGAUGGAACCUGUCACUGUAAAUCUCGGCCUAAACGUGCAGACCAACCAUCAGUACAACGCUGGCCAGUUCAAUCAACAGCAAGUGGUGAAUCCGACGAAAUUUCUUAUACAUACAAAUGUGAUUAAGAGUAAUAAUAUGAGACAGAAAACGGUCAGUGGAAACUUGCCUAUUCCGGUGGAGCAGAUCAAGCAAGAGCUUCUGGACGAGGAUGUUUUCCUUAAUCCCAGUAACGUACCAACUGGCAGUCCUGUUAGGCAGUGCAGAAAAAGGCCUCGUAUGGAUGGAGGAUUGUACGCGAACGCGUCACAUUCGUAUCCAUCGAGAUUGAGGAAGGCCUGCGAUCGACAUUGGGAUAGUAGCUACACGCCUCCACCGAUUUUGGAUCCUUCUAGACCUGGACCUGGACUGUACGCCAGGCUGCAUCAGUAUGAAAGGGAUUCUGACUUCAGUUCGGAUGAUUCGCAAGGGAACGAUGGACCUCCGCCGAGAAUUAAUAUCGGGACGAGGUACCAAGCGACGAUACCGCCGGUUGGGAGUGACGGAGAUAGAGGAAAGGGGGAGCCUGAAGCUGAUCAUCUGCUCUGGGAUCCUGGUAUAAAUAACGUGCUGACAGAUAAUGAACUGGAAAUGUACCUACAAUUUGCAUGCUGCGCUGCGGUACCAGGUGGAGGAAGGAACAAAGAAUACGCGCUUCAUCUGCUGCACAUGUGCAAAGGAAAUAUUCAUGAAGCAAUGCUAAAGUUGAUGAGACCGACGCCUCCGUUACCAGCGCAACAUCCGUUGCUGAGUUACGAGUGCCACGAAACCGACCGAUGGACGUCGCAGGAAAUGGACGCAUUCUACCAGGGCCUGUUGAAGUACAACAAGGACUUCUCUGCGAUCUCGCGAGACGUGGGUGGCAAGUCCGCGAAACAAUGCGUGCAAUUCUAUUAUCUGUGGAAGAGGCUGUGCCCGGACGAAUACAGGAGACUGCGUGUUCGCCACGGUAAACCAAAGAUUAAGACAGAGAGCAAGGAUUCCAAGGACACUAGGGAGCUUCGCGACGCCAUCGCAUCGGUCACGGAGAUGGACUUCAGCGAAAACAAAUCUGUUAUUCACCGCACUCUGUUACAGACAAACGAGAGAGAAAACUCGGCUACUCUGACCACUAGCGACGGAGAGCUGAGAUUAUUCGCAUACGACUGCCCCGAUAGCUUUAGCGGAAGUGUAACAGUAACGAUGGCCGGAAGCACCCAAACCGCCCAAACCGGCAAUACCGGCCACGCCACAGUCAACACCAACUCACAAACUCACACUAGUUCUGAGCAACAACUACCCGUGCCCACCCCACUUCACUACCCCUGCAAGAUUUGCGGGAAAGUUUUCAACAAAGUGAAAAGCAGAAGCGCACACAUGAAAUCUCACAGGCCGGUACCCUCGCCCGAUUCAACGGGACAGGAAUCUAAAAGGCCUGCACAGCAGCAAUCGAAGGUGCAGCAAUCCCAACAACAACGUCAGCAGCAACAACCACAGCAACAACAAUCGCAGCAGCAGCAACAGCAGCAGCAGCAGCAGCAGCAGCAGCAGCAACAACAACAACAACAAUCAAGCAGCGUUUCAUCGCAGGCCCAAGACUUCAAUCAGCAACAACUGCCUCCCAGCAAUAGUGACACCGGCGCUCAGAAUCAAGCGCAUUUAUGGCACAACCCAACCCGGCUCAGACCACCAUAGGACGAUGACCAGCCGGUUCAACUAAAGUUACCUUAACGAAGGCUGUAACGGUACGGUAGGAAAGUAUUUUACGGUCGCGCUACGUUAAUAGGCAGGCACUACUAAGAGAAACUAAAACUAGAAAACAAUAAAUCACGAUCGUCGAAGGAUCGUCGAUGGCACGACGAAAACGCGUAAAAAGUUAGUGACUCCAGUGUCAAUCUACAGAGAAAGAAAGAGAGAGAGAGAGUCGUGUCUCGAAACCUCCUACGCAGAGGCAAAACGUUAACUGACGUUCUAGGCGAGUUGUAAAUGAAAAACGGACACUUCCAUAUGAUAGAUAAUAUAGUCCCAAGAACAAUGAAAAGAAGGAAACAAAUUAAACGAAGAAAAUGAGAAAUACCUCUUGUACGCGCUAUGGACUUGAGCGAAACGAAAUGACGCGUGUUCUCUACCAGACCAGCCAUACCAUAAGUUAUACAUAAGCGGUCAUACAUAGGUGAGGAACACGUGCAUCGGAGGAUGAAGCUAUCCCGAGGUACCUCUAUCCUUUGUUAGUAACAGACACCGUUGAAAGGAAAAACAAAUGACAUAAGUACGAUCAGAAUGGAAAUUCUAAUUUUUGAAAAGAAAUCUAGAUACUGAAAAUGACGAAAGGAGGAUAGAGAUAUCGCGUAGGUGUUAUACUUCGCAGCCGUAGUCGAAUCUCUGUUCAACGAGGAGACAGGGUAACGGAAGUCCCCCAUUUCGUGUCGAACGAGGGAUGGACGAAACAUCGCGACAGUCCAGCAACGGCAGCGGUCAACAGCGAUCGGUUGGAUUUGUCUAUGGGAUAAUAAUCGAACGUGCAAGCUUUCCGUCUGUUUUAUUGAUCAUUUUCGUUUUGUCGAUUAACGAAAGAGGAUGUUGGAGACGCGUGAAAACGUCAUCGACGAACCAAAUGGCCUACAGGAAAGAUCGUGUCCUACACGAGCUACACACUGGCUGGUGUUUUUAAGUAUUUCCUUUUUUUCUUUCUUUUUUUUUUUUUAAGUAGCAAUCUAGCAGAGGUUUAAACCUGACUGGAUGAGUCAGGAUAAGGGAAUUAGCCACGAUUUAGUGCGAUGUAACGCGUUGAACGAUUAUUCGCAGUUUUCGAUGUACCUAUUAUGGCUAUAUGCACGUGAAAUGUUCCCAGGAUUGUGCCACAAGACAUUAACUGUUACCUGUUGCCUCUUUGUCAUUUUUUAAACAUUUUAGAUUAAUUUUAAUCGUCUUUUCUUCACUAUCUACUCUUCAUUACUUCUUUUAUUAUUUUUUUUUUUUUUUUUUUGGUGUAUCGUAGACGAGAUCGGCUUACGAAUCGAAUCGUUUAACCUUCGAAUUAGAAGAAUCUUUUCUUUCGGAUAUUUUUCAACGAGAUUCGAAUGGUAAACAAGACGAUUAGAAUAAAGAGAGGUAUAUAUCGAAGUAUAAAGCUAAUUGGUUAAAUAUAACAUGAACGUAGUGUAAUAUAAGACGAACUUAAUCUAAAAUUGAUCUUGUUUUUAAAAAAGCACGUAAGGUAACGAUCUUAUAAACGGUUCGCGAGCACAUCCCGUCCUUCUAAAAUUAAUACGACUUGUUGCACGUUCGCUCUAGUUCUACUUAGUUUAAAUUUACAUUUAGCGUAUUUAAAUGUCGAUAUGUAAAGCGAUCAAUCGUCAAGAGAAAACGUUCGUAGAUUUGUUGAAGCUCCCCAAGAUUUUUGUUACCUCUGUUACUUAAUAUAUAUAAUAUAUAUAUUAACUAUAUUUGUCAGAAUAAAUUUUAAUAUAUAUUAUAUAUAUACAUAUUAUACAUAUGUAUAAACAGAUCGAUGUAAUUUGAAGAUGACUCGUAGCCUAGGUGAGAUAUAGUCCUCUAUAGAAGAAAAAAAAAAAAGAUUAAGAAAGAGAGACACGUUGUUCAAGUUUCACUUCGGGCCGCGAUCGAUCGUGCGAUCGCGAUCGAACUGUAACAUAAAUUAAUUAUACAUACAGCCAUGAAUACAUUAUAUAUACGCGCAUCUAACGCAGACACGUGGCAGAGAGUGUUUAUUUAAAUAAAUCAAGAUGCGAACAAAAGAAAAAGUAAGAGAUAAGAAAAAGAACAGACGGAUUAUUAUUCGACUAACAAUGAUCGCGUUAGAUCAUCACUCUAUGUGUACAUAAUUCGUGUACAUGUCUGUACAUAAUUCUAAACGUCAGUGUCUGUAUGUACAAUUCGAAUGAAUUUUAACGCAAAAAAAAAAAUACGUAGGUUAUAGGUUUUAGGUUGUUUUAGGAGGGAUCUAUAUUAUAAAUAAAGUAUAUAUACUUGGCUUGAUUUUCUACCUUACUAGGGACUACGAGGCGAGACCCUCGAGACAAUGACGGUGAAUCGCCUGGAUACAAGUUUCGCAAAUUUUUAUCCUUUCGUUUUAACGGAAUUCAACGAUGUUCCUGUAUGUAAGGUGCCUUAAACGAUGGUUUGCGUUGAUUUUAUAAAUUGUUACCGUGGUGUUGACAAUACGUUGUCUCACCUUUAUGUUUCGAAACUUUAUCCGAUAGGUAGUACAAAUGUAAUUUAAUUAAAGAAUAAUUAUGUUAGCGAUUAUUUAGCAAUUAUAUCGUUUAAUUAAUAUUUACAUCGGCGUACGAAAUUCGGCCUGAACGGCAGAAAUUCUAUGUUGCUUGUUUUUAGUUACGUUGUUUGAUUGUUUUAAAUGUAUAUAUAGGAACAUCGUUCUCGGCGAAAUUUUACAAGAUAUACGAGAAACAAAUAUACGAGAAAAGCUACACGUGGCGUUGACACGUACUCGAGCUACGUUUCACGAUACGUGUGAACGCUAAAACGUAUACAUGUGUAUCCAUUGGCCGACGUCACUCGAGAGAUUGUCGUUCAGAUUUGUCCGCCGAUCGUAGCUGCUCUAAUUCUACCUUUAAAGAUAUUGUUAUUGUUAACACUCUUCUUCUUAUUAACUUUUACCAUUAAAAGGAAUUAAAAAACCACGAUAUACAUUUUAACUUUUUAAACUUUUCACGUGUAAAAAGGGGAAAAAAGCGAAAAAAAGAGAUGCAAGUGACUGAGGAUGCUUUUAAAGAAUCUGCCAAGUUUUAAACGAAAACAAAAGGGGAGAAAGGAAGAGAAAAGUGAACGAAAGAAAGGAUUGCUUGACAUUUUCCAAUGUUGCUUUUUUAGUCUGAAAAAUACGCGAGCAAAGAAUAUCGUUACAAACAACGUACAAACACGUUUCGAAACAGAAGGAGAGAAAGAUCUAGGAGAAAGGAGAGAUACUUCCGUUUGACGUUCCGCAUUCGAGCAGAUUCGUUGGAUUUUAAGCUUACGAGAGAAUCGUCUGUCCUUUAUGCGUGUGUGUCUUGUGUUUCUUCCAUGUUUUCCCUUUCCAAUCCUUCUCAACCCCCUGAUCUACCGACGAAAAUGAAAUCAAGAAAGAAAUGUGUAACGCGCUGUUCAAACGACAAACGUUCCGGCCACGCACCAUUCGUUCAUUUACAGACAAGAAUUGCGUAUCGAUGGAAAAAGAAAAAAAAGAAAAGAAAGGCGUAUGGCCAAGGGCACCGUUCUAUCUAUUUAAAGAAAGAAAAUCAUCUCUCGAAAAAAAGAGAAAACCGUUGAUAAAUAACGAAUCCUUGUUUCCUAGAUACCUAAAUAUCGUUCCACAGACACGCAACGAGCGAUCGUUUCGUUCGAGAGAAAUAUUUUUAUCACGUUGACCACAUUUGAUAGCAAUGAAGAAUAAUUAAAUCGAAGCAGUAUUUUAUCGUUCAAACGUUCGACGCAUGUACUUAUUUUCGAAUCUUAAAUCGCGAAUAUCACGGAUACUUACGGCCCAUGGGUAUACCUCUUUUACGACCAUAGAAGAACACACGAUUUUGUAAACUCUGAGUGAACGGCCUCCAGUAAAGAAAGAAAGGAAAAGAGAGAAAGAAAGAAAAAGAAAUAAGUCGAAUAAGAUGCGUAAUCCUAGAAAUCUAUAAUUAAUUAUACUAACUAAGAUCCUAGGUGAUUCGAGUAUUUAAAAAUAAGUUCAUUUAAGGUGUAAAACUGUUAUAUAUGUGAAUCCCGACCACAGGUCCGGGUCAUAAGUCGCAAUGCAACAAAAUUAGCAAACAUAUCAUUUAAGACAAUACACUUGUUACAGAAACUACGUUUCUACUAAUGUAAUUCUUAUUAUAUGUACGUAAUCUAACUCUUAAUCAGAUUUAGAAUCGAUUCGAGGUGAAACACGACGUAGUUAGUGAUAAAAAAAAAAAAAAGAAAGAAACGAGAAGUCGAGAAAGGGGAAAAAAGAAGAAGAAAAUGUUGAAAAUAUUACACAGCAGCGAGAUCAAAUCCAGAGAUCACGAUCGUUAGUUGUUAAAAUACAACCGAAUUAAUUUCGUAGUUAAAUAAUUCUUAUUAAAUUGCGUUACGAAUUUAAGAAAAAACAAAGUGAUUAUGUACUUAAAAUUUAGUUAGCUUUUAAUCAGCCUUCUUGGGUAAGAUUAUGUGUACUUAAUAAAAUGUAAUUAUUCUACGUUCUUUCUCCUGUAACGAGAAAGUUCCAAGCUUGGCCACACUCUCUGGAUUUGUUUGGCAAAUGUAAACGCAAGAGGCAAUUCUGGAGGCUGAUUACUCAGAAUUUUGAGGAAAGGUACGAUAAAACGAAGCAAUGAAACAGUAACGAAUAUAUGCAUGAAUUGUACAAACGAGUCCCUCCACGUCACAGAAAAAAAGAAUGAUAUAUAUAUAUAUCUAUAUGGAGAAUAUAUAUAUAACAAAAAAAAAAAAAAAUGAUAAAUAUGUGAUGUAUUUAAAUGGUAUGUGGUAUAUGGUAUUACAUAUUUGUACAUAGGCGGACCCGUGCCAUCAAUUAGUGAGUUGUACCGAUAUUGUACUGCCAUUAGUCGAGUUAGCGGAUAACAUCGAGUGAAUGGAGAUAGAUUGACGACGAAACGGAUUACGUUCAUCGUAUGAAAUUUUUUGUUUCUACCGGCAAAAUGGUACAGCCGAACGAAAAGCGUAGCGGAUUCGAAUUCGGAGAUUAAUUUUAUUAUAUUUAAUUCUAUGUGACUAUCCAGACCGAGUGAAAUUGAUUUUUAGCAAAAAUCUUAUUUAAGCACGACCUGAAAAGUUUAGUUUAAUUUUUAUCGAGCACGAAAUUGUUACGCAAUUUAUUUAAUAUCGUACUAGACGUUAUCGAUUAUAUUUAUCUAAGUGUUAAAAAAAAAAAUGUAUAGUUUAAAUUAUUUCACAAUGCGCUGAUUAAUUUUGAAACUUCGACGAAGUACAAAAUUAUUUAACGAUAUUUUAAUAUAUAUUAUAUUCGUAGUUAAUUUAAAUGAUUAAGCAGACCAAGGCAACAUAGUGUCUUCGAGUCUAUCGUUACCAUUGUUCAUCGUGAAUGUGAUUGAUUUUCAUUAGUCGAAUUUUAUUUAAUAAUUUAUUAACACACCAUAACUCGUAUGUCUGCGAAAAGAAACAGAUAUGUCUCAUAUCGUCGAUAAAUCAAAUCGAAGCAAUGGCGAGGUGACGUUGCGAAAUAUAUUGGUACAACUCGGCGAAGAAAGUGUAGCGUGGUUAUACACCUGAGGAAUGUGCUCAAAAUACUGUAUUAAAAUGAAAAAAAAGUCUACUAAAUGAUCAUCAUCGUUUAUGCAAGAAAAAAAAACUACUCUUAAACAAGUGAAAAGUUAUUUAUUGGAUUAUAUUGAUAUCGUAAUCUAUCGUCCUCUUACCUAUUACCUACUUUAAUAUCUAUCUCUAUACGCCAGCAUGGUUCUUUAUACUCUUCUAUUUGAUGUUAAUACUAUUCUCUAUUAUAACUUUUACUACGACGGAGAAACAAAAAACGAAAUGUAUUGUUAAUAGUGUUUUUAAAUGUAUUCGAAGCAUGGUCAGCUGUAGGUGAGCCACGGAUACGUAAUGUCGCGUUUCACAUGAGAACUGAUCGAUUCGAUCCUAAAUACACAAAGAUAACGGAACAAAAAAAAAGUAAGAGAAGAGAGAAAUAGAAAAAGAGAAACAAAAGGGAAAGAAAUAAAUUCGUAGAACGCGAGGCAUUGGGAAUCUUUGAUCUCGUUCAGACAAAACCAUCGUCGUCUCUCUGUCUUUUUUGCCUGACAACUUUGUGAGAUUAGAUUCGUUCGAUUUUUCGAACCCUUCGAUUAUUCGAUUUUCAUUCGUUCGAUACGAACAAUCUUUCGAUUUCGUGUUCAAAGAUCCCUUGUCCUAGACAGCCCUUAUCUUUGAUCCGUUUUGCUGUCGUGAAAAAAUCGCGAAUAUAUGGAGAACGUGAGAACAGCACGGUCCAGAGUAUUCAUGUGACACGGACAUUUUUAUCGCACGGUUAUUAUCGCAAUAAUUAUUACGAUAGAGUGAAAGAAGAAACGUGUGCUCGGUAGCAAUAUCGGUGUGGACGCGUGUCCGCGCUGUCGUUGUUUUUUCCACUUCUCUGCUCAACUAGUUCUUACCUGUAAGGUGUAGCUGUAUACAUUAAAAUAUCCUCGUCACGGUUAGUCUUUUAAACGAAACGAUAAAAAGAAAAGAAGGAAAAGGAAAAAAAAACACCGUUCUCUCUCCGACUCUUGUAUUGUCUUUUGCUCAAAACUCGCGUGAAAGAAAGAAUAUCGAGGUAGCCGAUUUUGAGGCUACGCCGGGAAAAGCGCAGACGAACCUCUCGUAACUCUACAACAAAUAAACAAAGAAAGAAAGAAGAAAAAUUUGCAAUGAUAUCGCUCAAAAGUUGGUGCCAUAAGCAAUAUGGACAAUAUAUUAUUAAUUGUGUUAGAUGACGUAUGCGCUAACUACAGCUGGCCGAGUGAGGGAUUCCACUUUAAGGGAUUUGCAGACGAAACGUCCCGUGAUCGUCCCUCGUGAGCAAUAUUUUUACUAGCCUUACUUAUCAAGUAUCUAAAUAAACUUGAACGUUGCUUUUCAACCUUUCUUCGUCAAAUUUCUCAUUAAUAUAGUAUAGACUAGUUGGACUAAUUCUAUAAAUUCUUCCAUUUGAACGAUUCUUUUUCGACUGCGCUUUCACGCAGUUUCACAUUCUAUACUAUACAAUCAGCUCAUGAGAAACGAUAGCGUGGCUUUCCACACAUUUACACACAGUUCAGUCAAUUUGAAGCGCGAUGUGGUACCGAGUCGUCGACGAAAACGAUCGAAAAUCGAUUCGAAGGCCUAUUAAACUAACUUUCCUCUCCGAUCUACGAGGAGAGAGGAACGAAAGACCCCCAUAGGAGGCAUGAAAACCCCUCGACACGCGACUCCACCACAUUGGUCUUCGGCCAACAAAGACGGCACAAACGUCGCAGCUGAUCCUCUGAAACCGAAUGCGCGCGUCUGUGACUCUUUGUCGAUCCUUUAAAUAAAUGAAAACCGGAAGAGCGUCGAUUUUGUCCAGUUACGCAUGGCCUCGUGAAAAUUUCGAAUCGAUCACUGUGUUAGGUAUACCUCUUUAGUCUGUCGAUAGCCACGAUGUAACCGCUUGCUUUUCGUCGUUUUAACGAAGUUUUAACGAAGUCUUUGACCGAGGUGCUACGACGCCCUUGCGCGAAUUGUGAAUAUUUGAACAAGCUUAUAAACAGAUGGAUCAACGAGAGUUCAUAGACGCGCACGUUUCUGAUUUUAACGUCAGUCGACAAAAAUCGAGGAGCUCGAGGUCCGGCAAAAGCAUCGACGAAAAUUGAGGGCAGGAAGAAGGAUUCCAUCGAUGACGGGAGAAACGAUCGGAUCGAUGUUGAUGUGCGCUAGUUAGGCUUAGCCGGAGUGACGAGCUUCUAUGCAUCAGUAUUACGUUCGAAGAGCGAUACUAAUAUACAUUGGUCUAGUGAUUAUACAUUAUAUUGCGUACAUACGAUUUUAUUUAAUAUACACACAUAUAUAUAUAUACAUAUUGGAUAUGAAAGGGCGAUAUUAUUAUUAUUAACUAUUAAUUAUUAUUAAUUAUUAUAUAGAUAUGUGGGGAUAUAUAUAUACUUAUAUAUAUAUAUUUGUAUAUAUAAAUACUUAUACAUGUAUAAAUAUAUAUAUUCGUAUAUAUAUAUAUUUAUAUAUAUAUGGGCGCCGAUUACGUGCAGGGAGUAGGCAGCGACCACGCGCUUUGCGAUAGGUCGCGGUUUAAAUCUCGAUGUUGUUCGUUGAAAUGAAACAAAAUAAAAUAGAAAAGAGGAAGAGUAAAAAGGAAACAACAGCUCGCGCUUCGGAAUCGUGAGCGGUGGGGCUUCGGUACGCGAUAAAAGGAAACGCAGAUGGAAAGGACUGAUUUUUGGAAAACGGGGGAAGCAGUUGCUUGCUUCAAUUGUUCAGUUUUUUCAACAAUGUAAAACUCCCAACAGUCGACUUGUCGUCAUCGUGUUCGUUUAAAUUCUUAUCGAUGUACUUCGAUAUUUUGCAAUGAAACGAUCGUCGAUCCUUUGCAAGGCAAUCGUCGAACCGUCGAUCAACUUAUACAUCAAAUUCUUGACAAAAUUGGUUGAGUUUUUGAUCAUUGCACGUGAACCAAUCACGAUCGAUCGAUCGAAUUUGAAACACCGAUCCGCCUGUUGCGGAAAUUCGACGAUUCGCGUGUCUCGAGAUAAGUCGACGAAAUUGUUCACGGAUUAGCUGAACGAAACUUCGGUUUUUCCUCGAUCGGCCGAUCCGGAUGUUUGUCCUUUCGAUGAUAUUGAGCAAAACUUACCGAAAACCCUGGCUCACGAGUGCAACAGAAUAUUAAAAAAAGAUGUGUAUAACCGUGGAAUAAUACCGCUGCGGGAAAUUCAAGACAAGCAUGAAAUAGAAAGAAGGAAAUGAUGUUUUAAUACUCAGAUGUAAUGUAUAAUCUAACCGUCGUUUAUAAAUGGAUAUGGAUGAUGAGCAAUGGAUAUAUGAAAUAAAUAAAUAAAUAAAUAUAUGUAUAUAUAUGUAUAUUAUAUAUUAAAUAUAUGUUAUAUGUAUAAUAUAUGAUAUAUGAUAUAUAUACGUAAUAUAUGUAUAUAAUAUAUAUUAAAACUGCAUUGCAUACGUAGUAUAUAUAUAUAUGUAUGUGGCGAUAUAUAUGUAUAUAUAUACAUACAUAUGGACUAUUUUCUUCUAUUGAUAUUGUGAGUAAUUGCUGCGUGUUAUUUCCAUCAUACGUCGCAAGGCACUCUGCAACCGACGACGAGACGCGAAAUGAACGAUUUUAGUCGAUAUUAACGUCAUUGUUGCUAAUUUAGCGGUUAGUAGAGGAAUCGAUGUGAUGUAGCGCUAAAUGGAACUUCAUUUGAAUGUACAUUUCUCGAGAAAAGAAUGUAGCUAAUCGUUAUUCGUGCAUCUAUUCGAAAACUUUCGUAUGAGGAGAAACGAAAUAUUAGUAUGGUAAAUAGUAUAUAGAAUUUUUUAUAUGAUGUAAAUGUUCUUUGGAGUUACGACUUACUACCAUUGUUUCUAAUUAAACUUGUUACAGAAAUAAUCUUACAUACGUGUAGCAAAUUAAAAAAAAAGAUUCUUAAGAAACAAGGAUAUUUAAUUUUCCGUGAGUUAUUGAGUAUAACUUAAGGAGCAACGAAACGCAAUGCAGAUGAUUAUUCUAUCAUUAUAUUUUUCGAUGACUUUUUUCAAUUUACUUCGAUAUAUUCAAUUCUGUUUUUAUUAUUCAUCGAGUUACAAUUAUUUAAUUUUAAACACCUAAAAUAUUUUAUUAAUUUAUCAGUCGAUUAAUUUAUUCGCUAUUGACGUCUUACGAAACUCGAUUUAAUAAACAAAACAAUGUUGGUAUUUUCAGUGUGCAAUAGAUAUAUUAUAACGAUAUUUUUCAAUUGUAAACACAUUGUAAAUAGUAACUAGCGGUAGUGAAUCGAGUCAGCUGCUUCUCGAUUACAGUGAACAUAAUCGAUGUCUCGCGUCGUUCGUCUCGUGUAUGCGGUGCGUCCUGCGCAAGCUAUCCCAACACCGAGCUACACCAAAAGCAAGCGACUAACGAAAGAAAUUAAAAAAGAAUGAAGAAAAAAGAAUAAAAAUAUGUACGAUGUUUAAGCCAAGUGCCUUGUGUUCUGGUAACUAAUCAUUGAUUUUUAACUAUGAUAUUAGAGGAAGUGAGAAAACGAGAGAACGAACGAAAGAAAGAGACACCGAGGAGAAGCAAAAAGAACGGGAGAACGAAAUCAAAGGUUUUUGAUAUCGGUUCGAAGGAAAAGUGAAGCGUGUUCUUCGAUAGGAUAAGAAUACACUUUUUCUCCUCUUUUUAUACGAUCUUAAAUGAUCGUUGCUCCGAACUAUAUCUGCUCUUCGAAUAAUUUCAGUCGCGUUAAUUUCAAUAAUUUCAUUGCAGAUUUAACGACUCGUCGAUUUUAUCAAUAAUAACUUUAAUAACGAUUUUAACAAUCGUACAAAGAGCAAAGAAACAAGACAAUUUCUGAAACGCGAAUUGGUAUUUUUUAUAAUACAAAGACGCACAGUGUUUAAAAGAUGGAAUAGAAAGUAUAUACGAGUAAUCGAAUAAUCAAAACGCACAAUCGUUCGCGUUUUACAGCGACGUUUCUCUUCGAUACCUGUUUUCAUUGCUCCGAGUGUUUUGCUGCGAAAAAAGAUUCGUAACAAUGUUUUAUCGAUUCCGACGUAUCGUAACGAUGUGCCAAAGCACGAAGGUAUUGCCAUCGUGCAUAAAAUCUAGUUUUACGUUUCUUCCGUCUGAUUAUGCGUAAUGAAGAGAAAAACGUUCGUUUUGAUUGCUCAGUUUCUCUCUACUUCCACUGCCUGAAAAAAGAUUGAUCUCAAGUUUACGAAUAGCGAAAUGUCGUUAACUCUGCAACGUGUCUUCGUUGUCGGAAUUUUUUUACCCUUCGUAGCGUAUGUGCCUGUGUUAACGAAAGAGUUAAUUGCUUCAAUCAAGUCUUCGAGUUAAUCCAUUCUGCACUAAGCCUUACCUCUAUCAAAAUGAUUAUUUCAUACGAUCCUCUUGUCAAACUUAUUCAGCGAGAUAAACAAUAGAAAUUUAGUUUAAACGUUAAUAUGGUAUCACGUUAUCAUGCAAGAGACGCUCGAAGUUUCGUCGACAUACUCGGAAACCUCGACCGACUCCCUCCAUUAGCUAGAAUCUUCCUUCUAACGCUUGAGAAAAACGCUAUGCUUUUAACGCUGUUCAAUACCGCGAGCGUUUUCACGAAAGUUGGCCAGAAGCGAGGCGAGUGUCGGGUACCGUAUCGCGUUGGAAGCUGAUUUCGCGAACGGAAGUAAGAAGAGGGAAAGGGAUGGAAAACUCGACGACGAAAUUGAUCAUCGAGCUGUUGUUAGGCUUAGAAGAUAGAAUCACUUGUGCCGCAGUGCACUCCGGGCCCAUCCCGUCCCAAAUCCUCGGUUAGCAGAAAUGAAAAGGAAACGGCGACUAAACUGAAUAAAAGACGUAAAUAAAAAAAUAAAAUGUGGACAUUUUCAUUCGUAGCAGAAAUCGUUUGGUGUUGCGAUAGACGGCGAAGGUGUCAGAGCAGAAUGGAAUACGUGUGUUGCGUCAUCGUGUGUAUGUAUGUAUAUGUGUAUACUGUGUGUUACAUGAGAAACACGGAAGAAAGAAAACAGAUGCGAGAACGAAGCAAAAGAAAAGAACUAGAGAAGGAAAUGCAGCGAGUGUUCCGAUUGCGCGUGCACGUACGUACGCCGUUUCUUACCGGCGACUCUAUACUUAAUGUACUAAUCUUUUUAACUAUGACGAGGAACGAAAUAUUAGCUAUGUCUAAAAGGAAUUGAUGUACAUAGUAGAUCUCGGUAGAUAGCAAAUGUGUCGUGGCCGAGGGAGUUCUGCAUUCAUGACGCGCUUAAACGGAAUCGUGUUUAAUAUUUCUUUCUCCAGGAGAAAGAACACAAAUCGUUCUGCGACGAUAUUAGUACGUAACGAGGGAAACGAAUUAUACGAGAGCGUUCGAAUAAAAUUCGAGGACGUUUCAUAGAAAGUGUAACAGCGAUUGCUGCCUCAUGGAUGCAUUGAAUCGGAUGAGAAACCCCUUUAAGCAGACAAUCCUUUGUUAGUUAGUCCUUAAAUACGCGCGUGUCGUGUCCCUAUGUAUGAAUGAAAUGUAUGGAAAGUAUUAAUUCGUAAGGAGCCGAAGUAAUUGCGCCUAUUCGCCAUCUGUAGCCCUACACUCUCCCCUCGUCCCUCUUUCUUAUAUUUUCUCAUUCUUUAGAUAGAUACGAGUGUACUUAAAUCCUAGAGAAAGCGGAUACGAUGCACGGUACUUUUUAUUGGUUGAAUGGAUGAGUAAUUUAGAUGUUUUUUAAGUGUAAAAGGAAAAAAGAAUAAGAUUUUUAAACGAUAGCGUAUGUCGAAUUGGAGAAUCAAAUUGAAUCACGUGCCAAUAAAGAGUUUUCUCGAAAUAUGUUAUAACGUAUCCUCGUAUCCGCUUGUUACAUAGUACGUCGAUCUUGCGAAGAGUUUUCUUCUUCCUCUUAAAACUCUUGUAGGCAUUGGCUUAUUUUACGAGCUUCGAUAUUCAGAACGAUUGUAUAAUACGAAUAAUAGGUUGGAAAAAUUCUUAAGGAAAAGUCGAGAAACGAACAGUCGACAGUCGUUUCGCAGCGUCUUCGCGACUCGCAUGUUUUAGAAGAAUUUCAAUUUUACUCGAGAGAAUACGAAAUAUUUUUUAACCUUUACGUUCUUUCGAAUAGAUUUAAGAUUAUGAUCCGGUAAUUAUCGCCAGUGGCGAAAGUUAGAUAGAAUUAAACAAAAUUCGAUCGUUAAUAAUCGGAGCAUGGUUUGGAGAGAACGAAACAAUUCGGAACUUGUGAAAAAAUCAUGAAGCAAUGGUUCGAUGUCUAGUCUAACCAUGAACAACAGAGUAUUCUGUUUUCAAUGAUAAUUUCUGUAACUGCGAUGGCUUCUGAUCGGUUUGAAGAUGAAGACGAUGUCUUUAUCGAAAUUGACACGGAAUAAUUGAUUUAUUCGGAGUGCAUCCCGAUGUAUAGAAUUCUAAGCCGAUACCUAAGUUUAUAAUAGAAAAAUUUUAUUUGAUAUAUUCCGAUGAAGUAUCAAAGAUUUCAUCGCAAUCGAAAUAUUGUAAAACGUUUAACCUUUUCCCUGCGUCAGUCGCAAUUAGAAAAAUAUACACGCUUAUACAUACGGGAAUAUCUGUAUAAGUAAAUUAUUUUAUUGAAAGCAAAUUGUCAUCAAAUUUCAUUUGCGAUCGUAUCCUGCUUGCUGAACAUUAAUAUUCGAAGCCAGUGAUCUUAAACGCAAAUAUCAAAAAUGAAUUUUCAAUUUUUAAAUUCCUAUUUCGUCGAGUGACUAUUAUAACAAUGAAAGGUAUCUGCUCUAAUCAAAAUAUUCGUUUUUACGGUUAUCGAAACUGGUGCGAAAAAUGUUUCAAAAUUUCUUUCGCUGAUACCUGGCCAAAGUUCUCUAUAAGGAAGCAAGAAACUAUUUACACUCUGCGAAAAAUCAAAAACAACGAAGAUCAACCAGAAACGCGAAAUUAUUUGAAAAAUGAGAUCGUAACGCUUAACAAUAAAUACCGUGCCAAAUAUCGUCGUUGUAAUCAAAAGACGCAACAUCUCAGUCGGUGUAGUAAAUCAAAAAGAGGAAAGAAACACUGCUGCGAUAAAAUUAGGAAAAAUUCUCGGGUAUAUCGUUCCGUGAAUCUUCCGUUCCUCCCAAUAAGUUACGUCGUCGAGGCUGAAUCGACUCUCGUUCCUUUUCCACUCGUCUCUACGUACGCGUUAUAGUACGUUUUAGCGCAAAUGUGUUAGUGCAAAUGUGGUGAAUCGUAGCCCGCGAGCGACGAACGUGUAGUAUGCAAUAAUAUUCUAUAUAAAGAGUCUGGAUUUUAUAUGUGUCGUGAACAACGGUGUGCAAGAAGGUGCACGAAAUCCUUUCGAUCCUCUCGAUCCAACCCCCUCCCGCCCCUCCGAUACUCCUCAUGAAUUCCACGACUCGUGUGUUUCAAUUUAGACGCGUAAGAGAUCGAAGCGACGUCGCGUAGGAUACAAACUGCGCUCGAGAUUCGAACAUCUUUCAACGAAAAUAUCGAAGAAUCAAAAUUGACAAUCAAAAUGGAAAACAAUUUGUCCAAGUACGAAGAAGGUUAGAUAAAGAGAAAAGGAUCGGAGAAGUAAACGAUGGAAAUGAUCGAAUGGUAUUAAAAGUGCUUUUCGGAGAACAAUUAUCCAUGAUUAUUGGACUCUCGAGUGCAUAAUUCCGCAAGGAAAGCGCGGUUUGUGUCGAUCCAAGGAGAAUUUUUCGACUUUAGAGAAGAGAUCGACGCAUCCUCGCUCGCGCUUCGCUGCGUUCUAGCUACUAUUUAUGUGAAGGAUAUACAUAUAUUAUACAGUGUACGCAGUAACCGUGGCUGAAGCUCCAAAUCAAAAUGCACAGAUCUAGAUACGAGCAUCGAUCAUCGGGACGUUUAAUCAUGUUCCCGAUAGGAUUGUUCGUCGAAUAAUUUUGUUCGUAUUUUUAAGCGACGUUGUAAAGCGAAAGCGUUAAUCAAAAGUCGACGUUGACGUGGACAGAUGGGAAGCACGUGAUUUUUUCACUCGUUGAUUGAUAAUGGAAAAUUUGUAACACCAAUACCGUGUGAAUGGGAAUGGGAACGAUUUUUAAUAGGAUGAAAAUAUAAAAGAAUUCGUAACAAUCAUCGAUAGUUUUCGCUUUGCAAAACUUUAUUAAGCCGUUCGUGCUUAAUGGAACGGGAAAUUAAAGUAAAAAAAUAGGACUGGACAUUCUUUAGGAUAAUUCUUGUAUUUAUUUAUUGUAUAUUUCUUGUCGGUGCUCUUUGUGUGUGUACAUAGCAAACACGUUUAUCGAUGUUGUUCGUUUGCAUUCUCAAGUGCACACGAAACGGUCUACAGAGAUCAAUCAGAGUUUCACUUUGACCUUUCUACCGAAUGGCAGAAGUAUAAAUCGCCGCUCUAUUUCGAUACCUAGUUUUCUAAAUUAAAAAUUCACCAUUCUUCUCGAAAUUGCAACAGAUAAUCUUCGAAUUAUACAAAUAGUUCUGGACGUGAAUUUUCAUUACGCGUAGAAAGUUUCAAAUAAUUACAAAAGUGUAAAAUAUUUUACAAUUAUAAUUGAGCUAAAAAUUUGUAUGAAACAAGAAACACUGACAUUCGUGCGAAAGAUCAGAGUCGAAGCUUAUCGGUCCCCUACGAUUCGAUGGAAAUAAAGGAUGAGAAAGAAAAAAUCAAAAGCAGAGAGUGUGAGAGUGAGAGAAUGAGAGCCAGCUAGACGUCUGACAUAUCAAAAGACAGGAUUCUUCUUGACGAGAAACCACACAGCAAUACCUUUCCGCUCAAUAUGGAUAAUAAAGGAGGAGUAACAUAACGAUGUUUUGAGAAUGUUUUAAUGUUAAAGAAUUCGACACCAUUUACAGAGACGGUAGACGAAUGUAUGUAGAUAUUCCGGCGAAAUUUUAACGAUUUUUUCGUCACGUACAAUAGCGUGUAAAAUUGUUUGUAGGCACAAAAAUCAAUUUCAAAAGACCUGCUUCGUACAAUAAGCGAAUUGCCGAACUUCGUACCGCGUGCCGAUUCUAAAGUUUCUAAAUGUCACAUCAUUCGAAUUACGUCAUUCGAUUGGACGCGGUGUCUUCGUGCAAAUCUUGGAAAGCGGUUUGCCAGAGAUUGUUGCAAGCACUGAGCGAUAGAAUUGAACAGAAAGUGAAAUUGCAAAAGUAAUCAGCUGAUAAAAUGCAUUGAAUCGUGAGUAGUUAUCAAUGUUAUUAUUGCUUGACGAUUUUCGUGAUUGUGACUCCUUUACAAAAGUGAAGAAAACGUAAAAGAAAUCAAAUGUCACCCUAUCGUCCUUUUAUACCAUAUAGGAGCAGGUGUACGCGAAAGAAAUAUUUCGAAAACUCGCCAGCUGAAAGAUCGAGUCGAAGCGGCCGUGGUUGAAACUUCGAUUACAGAAUGAAAUAGAAAUCGGCAGAAGAAGCGAGAAUUUACCAAAGUAUUGAUACUCGAAUAUGUUAGAUAUAUAUAGACGAGUAAAUGUUUAUAUUCCUCGUUAACGAAAACAUCAAAAACAACUUGAGAGGAGAGAAAGAGCAAAGCGCCCGGUGUUCAGAGCACGAGAGGCAGAGGUUCGUUUGUAAAGGUUAAAAAGACAUUGGAUAGACAUUGCGAGAUAUUAAAUAUGAGAGAGGAAUGGAGUAACGAAAAAUUCCAUCUGCUUCGCGCCUGACAAAACGGUAUGACGGAAAAGAAUAGUUCGUAAAAGAGCGAGGAUACGUACAACAGUACAAGAUAGACAAAAUAAAAAGUGAAAUGUUUGUAAGAUAUCGGCUAAGCCCUGAGGAGUUUCACUUUAAAAUAGUAGUACGAUGAGGACAAUGUAAAUGUAUGAAAGAUCUAUUAAUUACCUGAUCCUAGCCCUUUCCUAAUCCUUUCAAAGGUACUUCCUCCCCCUCCUCCUUUCGCAGAAUCCUUCCUCGGCAUCCUUUUCCUCUCUCUCUACGACGAGUGUAAAAAAAAUAUCAUGUAAAAUUAACACACCGAUUAAUAUAAAUAUAAAUAUAAAUAUUAUAAAUAAAUGAAUAAAUAUAAAUAUAUAUAUAAAUAAAUAAAUAUAUAUAAAUAUAUGUAUGUAUACAUGUGUGUAUGCGUGUAUCUAUAUAUGUAUACAUACCUACACGUAUGUAUACACAUAUAUAUACAUUCUAACAAAUGAUUGAUUGUGAGUCAUUUAAAUAAUUGUUAUAUGUAUUUUCUAUAUAUUAUGACAACUAAUACAAUGAUAUAUAUUGAGAUGACAUUACGGUACUAUUAACUAAGUGUAGUUAAACAAAAAUUAGGCGGGCGGAUGUUCGCGUUACAAGAAAGAGAUAGGAAAAGGUUGGAUUACUCUAGUCCAAUAUUUCUAUAAAUCUCGCUAAAUGAAAACAAAAGAAACAAACAAACAAAAAAAAAAACAGAAAAAAUGGUGGAGAAGGCGGGCCAGCGUACUCGCGACGCGAAAUAUUUAAAAAACAGACAAAAACUAGAAAAAAAAAGAAAA